AUGAAAUUCCAGGGGAUCCGAUACCCUCUUUUGGCAUCCUUGGGUACCAGUUAUAUUCUUAACAUGGAUUCAAGCAGCAGCAGCAGUGGCAGUGGCAGCAGCAGCAGUGGCAGUGGCAGCAGCAGCAGCAACAGUAGCAGCAGCAGCAGUGACAGCAGCAGCAGCAAAAAUUCUGUGACUAAAUUGCCACAGAAAGACACCAGUCAUGAAGGUAUCAUGGAGACUGCUGAGAGUUGGCACUGUGUGGCAGGGCUGAAGACCCUGAAGAGAGCCCAGGAGAGGCUAUUGGUGAAAGUACAGCCCAAUCGCAGCAAGAGACCUCAGCAUUUUGGAGAUGCCAGUACCAUAGGACAACUACCAAGAACAACAGCAGUGGAGUGGAGUCAUCCUGAUCUUAGGAGACAAUCUGUGUGGGCUGUAGUGGUUCCAAUAAAGGGGAACAGCGUUAGUGUAGUAGGAAACAACCAAAACUUAACAAGUAAUCCUGCUUAUUGUAGAAAAUAUGGGAACUGCCCAGAAGGGAAGAAUAUUAUGCUGAUAUUUUUCUUUUGUUUUUUCCCCACCUUAUUACUUAGCUGUGUGGUGAUUGACUCAGACUCUGACUCUCUCUGUGAGGAGAAGAGCUCUAAGAUCUGUGAGAUAAGCAGUGAAGAUGAGUCUUCUGACAAGUCUUCUUCUGAUGAGUCUUCUAACAUUAAGGGCUCCAGCGAUCAGAAGCCUCAAGUAAUUGUUAUCGAUGAUGAAGAUGACAGUCCCAGUUUAAAGGGUUCUGAGCAGAAAAAAGAUGUUGCUAGUGAUGAGUGCCAAAUGCCUGUUCUUGAGAAAGAAAUUGAUUGUAUUGCUCUUGGGGCUACUUCACCUGAUGAUGUUUGUGAAAUAGGGGCCCCUGGAAAAAGUUCCAAACAACCACCACUGGAACCCGAACCCGGGCCCGAACCCGGGCCCGAACCCGGGCCUGAGCCUGAACCCGGGCCCGAACCCGAGCCUGAACCCGGGCCGGAGCUCGAGCCAGAGCGGGAUCCUGAGCCCGGGCCCGAAUUGGGGCCCGAGGCUGGGCCCGAGCCGGGGCCUGAGGCUGGGCCCGAGGCUGGGCCCGAGCAGGAGCCAGAGCAGGAGCCAGAGCAGGAGCCAGAGCAGGAGCCAGAGCAGGAGCCAGAGCAGGAGCCAGAGCAGGAGCUAGAGCAGGAGCUUGAGCUUGAGCCCAUGCCCGAACUUGAGCCAGAGCUCCAGCAAAAUGUUACAGCCCAAGAGUCUAAGGAGAGAAAGGCUGCUGCUCUGCUGGCACAACAAAGGAGAAAGAAGAGAAGGAACAGAUUUAUAUGCAUGGCACCCCCUAAAUCACAUAGGAAACGGCGUCAGGUAGUCUCACAGGAUGUGCCCAGCCUGCCAAGUGCCUCUGCAGAGCCUAGUCCUGAUGAUCCCACAUCAUCAGACCAACCUGCCAAAUGCAUGCCAUUGAAGAAGCGUAGAGGCAAAAGGGCACGUACCCACGAGUAAAAAGGAUCUUUCUGCAAAUGGGGGUGGGGGCUCCCAUGUCCAUCUUUCUUAUGCUCCAAUAAUUUAGCAUUUACUGUUCAGUCUCCGUGGAGUGCUUUUUCCCUAAAUUCCCGUCCCUAUGAUAUCUUGGGUCAUCAUCCUUGACAUGCCCCCACAACUCUAAUUAUCAAGUCCUCUAUGCAGCCACAAGUUAGAAUAACUCCUCCAUCUUGCGUUCCCAGUUUUAGAGUUUUUCUCGUGUUGUAACAUGUUGCCUCUUGAUAGUUUGUUCAUAAGAGGACUCUUAGUGAUUUAUUCUCUUGAGCCUUGUGAGUGGCAUGUGACAGAUGUUUAAUAAAUUUGUUAAAUAAAAUGA